AUGGCUCAUUCCGAGGUUGAUGUAUUCAAGGACUGUCAAGAAAUAUUGACAAAACUGGCACAGAAAAUCAGUCAGCAGCUGGGCAUCAACAGAGAUGCACAUCAUGCCCUGGAGCAGGAUCUUUCUGACAAAAACUCAGCCCGUUUUAUUGAUGAGAAGUGCUUUAACCUUAGGAACACAGACAGCAUCAGCUUUUACUGUGGAGUGGAGAAAGCAGAUGGGACUGUUUCAGUUCCUGCAACGUGGGCUAAGUUCAGUGAAGACAAUAUCAGGUGCUCUCAACACGCAAGGGCCAACUCUUUCAAGCUCCACAAGGAUGCAGAGGUCAGACUGGAGAGCACAUUGGAGGAGAUGUGGAAUCGUUUCAUCAGCACCAACUUGGCCUUUAAUAACUGCAUUGCUGAAGUAGCUGAUGCAAAGAACAAACUCCAAGCACAGCUGGCCAAGAUACUUCAGGAAAUCUUCUAGACAGAAGAUACAAUCCAGUUACUGGAGAGAUCCAUAGAGGCGAAGGAGUACCCCCUGAAAGGGGCUCAGACCCAUCUGGAGGGAAGAACUAGAUGACCCAAUAUAGAACUCUGCCGUGAUGCAUCUCAGUUUCAGCUGGUUACUGAAGUUUACACUAUAGAUGACACCAUACAGACCUUAAAGCGAUGUCUGCAAGAAGCCCGUGAUACUCAGCAGAUGCUGCUCCACAACAAGUCAAAGCUGGAACGUGACAUUUCUGUGAAGGCAAACUCCUUCUUUAUUGACAAGAAGUGUAUGGACAUGCGCAAAGUCUUCCCCAGCAACCCACGGCUCAUUGGCUACACCUGA